UGAGCUCAGACGGUGCCUUACUUGUGAUUCACGCGUCCUGCUGGGAAAAGACUGCAUUGGAUUUCCGGACUUGUUCUUUAGUCUCGAUUCUGCAGCUUGAAGACUGAAAGGGAAAAGCAACCAUGAAGUUUUUAAAAAUUCACUGGGUUCUGGUUUGUCUCUGCAUGAAUGUGCAAGAAGGAUUAUCAGAGGAUUAUGAGGCGCAUCUUGAUGAAAAUCUUCAAUUACAUAGAGCAGAACACAAGACUAGACCAACAAAACCAGUGCUGAAAGUAACUGACUACCAUGUGAAGUGUUCAGUGGUGUCCCGCUACGCUGUCACCACAGUCCAGAGCUCAGUCUGGAACCAGCUCCCCGUCAUUAAGGAGGCAGCAUUUGAGGUGGACCUGCCAUCCUCCUCAUUCAUCUCCAACUUCACCAUCACCUCUAAUGGUAAGGUGUAUGUGGCCCAGGUGAAAGAAAGAGCGGCAGCCAGAAAAAUAUAUGACGCUGCAAAGAAGCAAGGAAAAACAGCCGGACUGGUCGCUACCAAAGAAAGAGAAAUAGAAAAGUUUCGCGUGGCAGUGAGUGUGCCUUCGGGAACUCGAAUGUCCUUCCUACUGUCGUACGAGGAGUUGUUACCUCGUCGCCUUGGACGCUACGAGCUCAGUUUGGGUCUGAGGCCAGGCCAGCUUGUGCAGAACCUCACGUUAGAUGUCAGCAUACAUGAAAGGACGGGUAUUAGUUUUGUCAAAGUACUUCCUCUCAAGACAAGUCGACUGCUGUCAGACUCUGCUCAAGCCAAUACAAGUGUCCCUGCAUCCACUCGUGUUGAGCAGAGUGCUUGCUGUGCAAGAGUUUACUACAGUCCAACUCUACAGCAGCAAAACAACAUAUCUCCUAAUGGUCUCAAUGCAGAUUUCAUUGUACAGUAUGACGUUGACCUCAGCGAGCUCAUGGGCGAUGUCCAGGUGUACGACGGCUAUUUCGUACAUUACUUUGCACCCAGAGGACUUCCUGUGGUUCCCAAGGAUGUUAUAUUUGUUAUUGACGUCAGCGGUUCGAUGAUAGGAACCAAAAUAUUGCAGACCAAGCAGGCCAUGAACACCAUCCUUGGAGACCUUAGAGAAGGAGAUCACUUCAACAUCAUCACCUUUUCAGAUAAGGUUCACACUUGGAAGAGAGGACGCACAGUGCGAGCAACUCGACAGAAUAUACGAGAAGCUAAAGAAUUUGUCAGAAGAAUCAUUGCUGAAGGAUGGACCAAUAUCAACGCAGCUCUGCUUUCAGCAGCACAGCUUGUUAAUCCUUCAUCGACUGGGUCCUCCAAACAUUUUUCAUCCCACCGAGUACCACUGGUGAUUUUUCUGACAGAUGGGGAAGCAACCACUGGAGAAACAUCUGGUGACACCAUCCUUAAUAAUGCCAAGAAGGCGCUGGGCUCAGCUUCCCUGUUUGGCCUUGCCUUUGGCGAUGAUGCAGACUUCCUUCUUCUGAAACGCCUGGCUCUGGAGAACAGAGGCGUAGCCAGGAUGGUCUACGAGGAUGCAGAUGCAGUCUUACAACUGAAGGACUUUUAUGAUGAAGUAGCCAGCCCUUUGCUGUCAGACAUCCAGUUGUCGUACCUAAAUGAUCAAGCUUUUGAUGUAACCCGCUCCUUGUUUCCAAACUACUUCCAAGGAUCUGAGCUAAUUGUGGCAGGGAGAUUAAAACCAGGGAUUAGAGAUUUAAAGGUGUCAGUGUCCGCGAUCGACUCAAAGCAGCACAUACAGUUAGAGAAUGAUGUGCUUGUUUCCCACACAAAGGGAAAUAGGACCUCAGGUUUUCUAGACUGUCUGGAAGAUCUGGAAGGGAUCUCCAGCUUUGUGCAUCGUCUCUGGGCAUAUUUUACCAUUAAAGAACUGUUACUGGCCAAACUGAAUGCUACCGACCCUGUGACUCAAAGGUUACUGACAGACAAAGCCACCAAUCUCUCACUCAAAUACAACUUUGUGACUCCAGUUACGUCUUUAGUUGUUGUCAAACCAGAUCCAGAUGAAGCAGGUCUAACUCCAACCACAGCAAAACCCACAACUACAGGCACAACGACCACAACACCACCAGUCGGGACGCCUGUCAAAACAUCAAUCACUGGUGUUGCCAAGAAACCCAGCUCCUCCUCUAACAUCAGUCCUAACAAAUCCAAACCAAGCCCACCUCAACCACCCUCAAAGACUCUAAAAACAAAAAAGAGCAUGUUGCCAUCUUCCACAUCAAAAACAUCGGCGAUGCCUUCCAAGAAAAUUACUGCAACCUCAAGUCCUGGUCCCAUCAAACAUGCCCCAGCGUCAUUUUCCGGAAAACAGCCAGCUGACUCCCAAAACUGCUCAAAAUCUGACGUUCCUCCAUCAUCAGGAAGGAUUUCCACAUCUCUGCUCAAUGUUCUAAAAAUAGCAUCACCUCCAGCACCUGGAAAAAUGCCCAAUUCCAUUCAGAAUAUGAUGACAACAACCACCCUCUCAACAAGUGUGCUAACAUUCAGCACCAGCUCUCCGCCACUACUUAACUCAACCAGAACUCACCCAGCUGCUCUACCUGACAGGGCAUCAGUCCAACACAUCAGUCCUGUGAGGACAGCUCUACCGACAGGACUGUCCCCAGAGGCAGAUAACAUCACUACUGCAGCUCCACAUCUUCAUCAGCCUGAGACCACUUCUAUCCCAGCCAAGCUGCCAUCUGUACUCACCUCCCCCACCACCGCUGCAGCUCCAGCUGUGGUGAAUACAAACAACACCAACUCCAAUGCUGACAUUGACCUGGGCAUUGCCACCUUUGUGUCAGGCACCUUUGCUCCCAUGCCUGGUUUGACUGAUGAGGCUGGAUUCUGGGAAGCGGCGGGGCUUCAGGAUUUUUCUACUUCGCUUCACAUUCAGAGAAAAGACAGUGAUCUUGCAAAAGAUUAUGAUGCAACAUAUGACUAUGAUGAUUACAACCUCGGCUAUGUUACCUUGGAGGACACGGAGGACAGUCAGUCAUUUGAACCUCCAACCAGACUGAGCUCUGUGAGGAUCUUCUCUUCAUCAGUUGACGGAGAUCCUCAUUUUGUGGUCCAACUUCCAAAACUGCACGAGAAUCUGUGCUUCACCGUUGAUGGCAGAGCGGCCGAUGUUCUCAGGUUAUUAGAGGACCCAGAGCAAGGUUUAAUUGUAGAUGGCCAUCUGAUGGGAGCUCCUUCAAAGCACGGAUCAGAAAGCCGUUCUCGAACCUACUUCGACCAGCUCAUCAUUUCGUCACCCACGGGCAGUUCUGGUGACAUCAUGAUCACAGUGUCACUGGAGGCUGUGGUGGUAGAAGGGGAAGGACGCGAAAUUCUGCCCACCAAUCGGCAGGGAUCAGUGAGAAGGCAGGGGGUGACCAUCACCGUUGACAAUCAUCAGAGCUGCUGGAUCCAGUUGGCAAAGGGUGUGAGGUUCCUGGUUUUGUUCCACCACUACAAACACCCCGACUACCUGCAGAUGGCCCACCUGGGUUUUUACAUCAUAGAUGGAGAAGGGCUUUCAGAGACAACUCAAGGCCUUCUGGGCCAGUUUCAGUACGCUGACAUGAUUGUGGUGAAGAAUCCUCCUGACAGAGGAGCUCACAGGCUCAGGGAGGACAUCAUAGCAAGAGGAAUCCUGACAUGGGGAUCAGAGCAGAUGGCCGUAACGCUGCAGGACAAGGCACUGAAAGACUCGUUGCAAAAGCGCCACCUGGGCAGAUGUUGGGUGGUGCCCAAGGCAGAGGUCGAGAGACUGCUGGGUCAUUCCUAUGAGAGCUAUGUAGUGAAUCGCGUGUAGCGGAUUCUGUCCCACCCUGGUGUCUCUCCUCAGUACAGCUCAGGUCGCAGCAGUUUAUCAGUUAUAGAAGAAUGAAGCUGAACGGGGACUCCUCUGAGCUACAAGGACACAUCCCGGUCAGAGACACGGUUCUAAAACAAGAAGAAAGGGUGUGAUGGGCUGGAGUCUGCAGAGAAACAGGAAGUUAAAGGAAUACUGAAGAUGCUCCAAUAAAGGACUGAAUGGUGCCUUCGUGACAUCUGGACUUCUCUGUAUGAUGGUGUUUUGGAGCCUGUCAGAAGGGAAAAUUAGCUAACGCCCAUGUCCAGAUGGCAUUUUAAAUGAAAAUGUCCAAAGUAGGCCUGAACGUGUUAUUAUUCCCCGUUUUUUAUUAUAGCUGAGAGUUCUGCAUUAUCACUGGGUAAACAGCCUAAUCCUAACCCAGAACUUCCUUUAACCUUUCAUAUUAAGUCUCAAACACACACACACACACACACACACACGGGUUCUUCAAAACACACAGAAAUCAGCUGAAGCUCAUAAACAGUUUAUUGUUAUUCUCCAGUGAAAGUCUUGACGCAGUUUUAAAGAAGUCCGUUCAGCUCCAGAGCGCGACUGUGCUGGAAGAUUUUCAUCAAUACUGAACCAUAAAAUAUGGUUCAUUGACACAAGGCGUUGUGGGUGUUGUAGCGCUCGUGACGAUUUAGUUUGAUUCCUUUUCCUUUAAAGCAUGAAAUAUGAAAACAUCUAGUUUAAAAUAUGGAAUUAUUUAUUGUGUAAUGUUAAUAAUAAUCAGCUUAAUUUCAUUACACAUUUACUUACAAUAUAAUUAGCCAUUGCCACCCAGAGCCCCUCCACCAGAGGGCAGUAAACAUGUCGAGGCAGGUUUAGGAUGAAGGUACUAAUCCUGAUACACCAUCAGGAUGCUUUAACGCCAUAAGGGGUUUGAUGCUCAUUUGUGACAAUAUUCUCAGGGUUUAACUCAAAAGUAUUCUUGCAUUUCUACAUGUAAAUACUGGAAAAAUGACUUUAUUAUUGACAUUUUCUAUCAACCCUGACCUAUUUCUGGAAACUUCUCAGAAUUCCCUGACUAUUUUAACCUUACAGUGAACUCUUGGUUAUGAUUGCCUCAUUUUUAUUCUGCAUGUUAUUCUAUGCAGGAUUUUGAGCUUCCUUACAAACCAUCUCUGUUAUUUUAUCAGAAAAAUCUUCUAUUUCAUUCUGAGGUCAUUUAUUAUGUUUCCCCAUCAUAAUAAUGGGUAAUUAUUAAAUCCUUGGUCACUCUGUGAGCUGCACGUUUGAGUUCAAGUGUGUCUAAAUCAUAAAAGUGUGUAUAAAGUAAAAGUGUUUUCCAUUAGAUGCGUUCUUAAAAACACACACAAGUCAGUCUCUUCAGGUUUGUCAUGUGCUUGUUUAUUUUCUAUCAUUUCAUUCAUAUUUUAAUUGUUACACAAGACGUUAGGCAUUGUUCACAUACUAGUGAUCAAACAAGGACAGUUAAAGUUUUCUACUACUCAGCCUGGACUAUGUCUUUUGUCAUUUUGAAGGGGUGUCGUCGAUGGUGCUUUCAAAGGCCAUACUGGAUGAAAAUUAAACAGUAGAACCGCACACGAGGCUUUUGUUUUCAGUGAUUAAAAAAAGGAGAGGACAGCAUCGGAUGAAGGGUUUCAAAGAAAUCUAGGAUCUGGAAAGUAAACAAUAUUCCAGUUUUCAUUGGGAGACAGUGUUUCCUGGAUGAUCGAGCGCGAUGUUUAGUUCCACUGCUGCUCAUAACCUUCAGCGAAAACCUGCGUCUGAAAGUUUAAAUCGUGGAACGACGGCAGAAUGUGGCAAACCAAACACGUGACACAGCAAAUAAACAACAACGUCGUCCGGAUGUGCAUCAAUUUUAAAAUCCAUUUCUUCAUUUGACAAUAAAACUAACAGCGUGGCAAAUUCAGCAUUUGACGUAAACCUUUUAACGUUGCGUCAGCGCUAAAUUAAAUAAAUAGAUCAUAGGGAUAAGACACAGCAAC